AUGGACCAAAAAUGUAAUUUACGCUUUUAUUAUGUUGAAACUAUUUUGGUUUACAAUAAGCCGAAACUUGUCUGGUUUUUACAGGACAUAUUUAAAGAGUUUUACUUGAUCAAAUACAAUGGAAGGCGAUUAAUGUGGCAGAAUUCAUUAGGUCACUGUGUCUUGAAAGCAGAAUAUCCAAAGGGCAAAAAAGAGCUUGCAGUUUCCUUAUUUCAGACAAUUGUUUUGAUGUUGUUCCUUGAUGCACAAAAGCUUAGUUUUCAAGAUAUUAAGGAUGCUACAAGCAUUGAGGACAAAAAACCGAGGAGGGCUCUCCAAUCCCUUGCUUGUGGAAAAGUUUGUGUCCUUCAAAAGAUUCCAAAAGGGAGGGAAGUGGAUGACAAUGAUUCCUUCGUGUUUAAUGAUGUAUUUACUACUCCUCUUUAUUGUAUAAAGGUGAACGCUAUCCAAUUGAAGGAAACCGUGGAAGAAAACGCAAGCACCACAGAGAGAGGAUUCCAUUCCAUGUACAGGAUCCUAAUGUUCAAGUCAUUACUUGCCAUCUAA